ACGGACCCGGCUUCCUCCUCUAGACAGCCCGACCUCCCCUGGAUAUAAGUAGCCACGCCCCCGCAGCCCCAUGCCCACCAGCACCAAAGCAACGCAACCACAACCGGCGACAUCGUCUUCUUCGCUUGGCGUCAGUUUUUCGGGCCUGAUGGAGAACAAGGGGGCGGCAGCGGUGCCGGAGAAGGAGGCGCAAGCGCAAGCGCCGGCGUCGUCGUCGACGUGCUUCAAGUGGACGGUGGGGGAGGGCGCGACGCUCAUGGAGCGGGCCAAGGACCAGUACAGGAAGUUCACGGAGGCGCAGGCGAGCGAGCACUGGGAGUGCAUCAAGAACACGGUCAGCUCCAUGUUCGCCGAGCCCAUCCCCUUCUUCGGCGGAGGCGCCGCCAAGGACCACGGCUCCAGCAGCAGCAACAGCUCGCCGCCGCCUGUCGAGUCGCAGUAGAUCAUCGACAUCGUCGUCUUCGUCUAGAUGGGCUAUGUAUAGUUUCUACUGUAUGUUUCUAGAUAUCGUUGUCGCUAAUUAGUUCAGGUCUUGGAUUAAACUCGAGGAACUGUGUAUUGAGGAUUUUGAGUUGAUUUUUUUUUUGAGAAACGGAUUUUGAGUUGAUUAAAUUAGUGCAGUGAUUAUCUCGGGCUUUAUUUUUUUCUUUUCCUGUCUUAUUCUGAGGCUCGACCCAUAGCAAUUUUGUAUGAUUUUUUUUAGUUUGUUUUCAGUUGAAUAUGAUUCUUGUUCACUUCUUCAUAGGGCUCAGUUCGAAGAAAUUUACAGUAUUUUUAGAGGAUCUGGAUCCAUGAAUUCCUAGGUUUUGCACUUUAUUUUAAAAAGGGGAUUGCCAUCCACCCAAAUCCCUUUACAAAUCAAAUUGUUUUCCUGUGCUGUCAAAUCUAAAUUUCUGUGGUUUUGCAAUCCUAGUGAUAUCCUGUGGGCUAUCACUAGGAUUUGGGUGGAUGGCAAUCAUCGCCGACUGUCGCCGCCGCCCCUUCCGCCUCUUCCGGAGCCAGACUAGGCGCUGUUGUGUGCUCCGGCGCUUUUUUUUUCUUUUUGUUUGGGGUUGUUGAGCUGUGUCCUUAGCAGAACCUUUUGUACUUCCUCUUAUGCAACUUGGAUGUGUGUGUUUGAACUAGUCUAUGUAUGUGUGUUCUCUAGCGGUUUGCUUUAUUUAUAAAGCAGGGCGAAAGUCUUUUUCGAUAAAAGAAUUAAGGGCCAUCUGCAUCUUGAUUGAUGCAGGUUUAGCUCCGCCCUACUCUCAAAUGCCAUGUCGCAGAAGUCGAUCUCGCACUGAAAUAACUCCACCACCUUAGACCUCUUUGCCCUGGUUGCGGCAGCCGGUUUUGCAGUUUCAGUCUGCUGUGCCGCCUCUUCGAUCACUGCAGGUUUCGUCCUGGGUCUCGGGCUCUCGCAUGGGGCGCGGGCAAAGCUCCCAAGACUUUGUGAACUACCUGCACUGAACUCAGAUUCCCUCUUUCUUUUGCGCCGGCCCUUGCGUCUGACAUAGCAUAUGAUGCUUGUUCUUUUCGAGUUUCCAAGAGGUCAGUUGUUUGAACUUCAACACCUUUUGCCUCCUAACAACCACACUCCUAGGAAAGAUACAUGGAUCUGUAGUGGAAAUGCCAGAACAUUCUCCUCCAUACCAUGCCCAAAGAGUUUUUCAGCUCAUGUGGAGCUGUGCCACCAGACUCAGACACGAAAUCUUUUUCUUUACAUCAUAAGGCCUGCUCAAAAGGAAGGGUUUCUUCUUGAACAAUUAUAGUUGCAUUCUUUGUGCUCAAGGCACCGAAGAAACUCUGCGACAUUUGCUCUAGGACUGAUUUUGCCUACAACUGUUGGAACUUCUUAAUCCCAGGUAGAAGAAGAGCAAUGUCUUUUUAUGAGGACUUUGUUGCGUUGGAAAAUUUACCAGCCCCUAUAGCAAUGGACAACGGAUGCAAAGGAACGGAAGGAUAUUCAGAAAUGCCGAUCCAACCUUUCAAGCUUGGAAGCACUCUUUUAAAGAGGACCUAAACUUGCUCAAUCACAGAAUCCAGAAGAAGCAUGAUGCUUGCUUCCAAGGCUGGAUUGUCUUUCUUUUUACUAGUUUAGCUAGAUUUAGUUUUCUUCCUUUUGUUCCUCCACUUGUAACUUAUUACUAGUUUCUAUUAAUGAAAAUACCGUAGAACAAACUAUUGUUCUAUGGUUCAGGGCCUAAAAAGAAGUCAAAAAGCACAAAGGGAUGAAGUUAGAGGCCUGGCAAGAUACAGGCAUCAAACGAUAAACCAUUGAAUCAAGAAUUAUCGAUCCGUACGAACACCACCGAUGCCUUGCGAUGUGCAAUAACAGCUACACCAAAACGUGGACAGAGCUAGGAGACUUCUUCAUAAGAACAGCACGUGUUGACUGAUCUCUCUGUUGUUCUGACUUUUGCUAUCUACUAGGGCCAUAAAUCAGCCCAACGCCCUCGGCGGACCAGAGGGCAUCGUGUCCCAGACUAAUGUUUACACGAUUGGUGUUGUACUGCAUUUCAUAUCAGCAAUGACAAUGAGUUGUGAAGACACACAGAGAGACAAUAUGCAAGUGCAAGCAAAUUCUAUGCAGCGGAUGUGAAAACAGCAAAUACUGGACUGAAGCAUGUAAGCAAAAUUUAUAACGAACUGUUUUCCCGUUUGUGAGAACUUGACAAGGUCAUUAUGAAAUUAUAACAGCUUGCAAAAUUAUGGACAUUAUCAGGUCC